UCAUGUUGCUGUUAGCAUAUGGGCUAGAGAGGUAAGUGAUUAUGAAAAUAAUUUUACAUUUAAAAUAAUUAUUAUAAUGUUAGUAAUUAUUUUAUUAUUUUUAUGUAAUAGGAAAGAGGUGUAUUAAAGUGCAAUAGCCAUGGACAAAGAAUUCCUGAUUGGCUAUUGGCAAAUCAGCAACGUAUUUAUGAUAUUGUUGUAAGAUCUCAGUUGGCACCUUUGAUAGAAUCCACGUAUCGAUUUGUGAAUCCUACAGUUGUGUCAGCCUUUUCAGAAAGAUGGCAACCUGAGACUAACACAUUUCAUCUACCAUUUGGUGAGAUGACACUCACGCUAGAUGACGUUGCUACUAUUCUGAAGAUACCAAUUUCUGGCAGCCCUGUAUCAGUCCCUCAUUUGACAGACUUGAAUAUAUCUGGUACGUAUGCAUGGGGGGCUGCUUGUUUGGCAUAUUUAUAUAGGCAACUGGGUAUCACGAGUAGAAGAGAUGUCAAGGGAAUCUGUGGAUAUUUAACAUUACUUGAGGCUUGGAUAUACGAACAUUUUCCAUUGACUAGAAGUAAACAUAAUUUAUCAUAUACUGACGAGUUGCCUAGGGCUUAUCGUUGGCUUCCUGUUCGUGAGUAUGAUUCUUUGCAAUCUUUGCGAGAGCAACUUGAUGACUUAACUGAAGAUCGGGUAUUCUGUUCACAUAUUAUAUUUUGUAACUUAAUAUUGCUCAUCAUUGAAAUUCUAAAACAUGUGCAGGUCAUAUGGACACCAUAUAGGAGGUAUCGUGCACAACACCCACUGCAUGAGAUUGCGUUCUUCUCCGGAUGUCUUAAGUGUGGAGGCGUGAUUGAGCCAUAUCAUUCGAAGAGGGUUCUGCGACAAUUUGGGCAUAAGCAGAAUAGACCUCCACCUCCAUUAUCUCCUAUUGAAGCCAAGCGGGGUAGAGCUACGGCAACAUAUAAGGUAAUUUAUGAUUUUAUCAAUAAUAGUUGGUCUCGCUGGGAUUUUCACUUAUUGCUAGCACACCGUCGGGGUGGACUUGCCCUAGUGCCAUGGGAGUGCAGUGAAGACUACUUGGCAUGGUAUCAUCGCAUUACACAUCGAGUCAUACAAAAUCCUACAAAUAGAUCCGGGUUUGACAGAGGUGAUCGAGAUAGAGUGACUCUUGCUGAUGUGCGCAUCAUGGCAUCACUGUCCCCUCUUAGGCAAGUCAUAUUAGGUGGAUCCACUCAAGAUGUAGAUGCGUGGAGACGGGCAUGUCUUCAAGUAUAUGAUAUUUUGACUAUUCGUACUGGGUCUUCUUCUACUGGGUCUCAUGCAUAUACAGUAUUUAGAGAAGUGCCUUCUAGUAUGGUACGAACACCGACGGUGGUUACAUCACAUCCGGCAGUAAUUAUAAAUCCACCACCUACGAGUUCAGAUCCACAUCAUCCAGCCCCAAACCCCCCUCAAAAGACAAGAAAAAUGACUGAUAGAGAUUAAUUUUUUUUUUUUUUGUAAUAUGAGACUAUUUGUAUUUAUUAUAGUGAGUAGAGUCUUAUCUAUUUGACUACUUCUGAUGAGGUUCGGAUAUGUCGCUAAGAUAUA